AUGAUAGGAUCCUUUCUUACCUGGGCGCUUGUGAGUGUUUUUGGUUAUGCUUAUCCAGCUUAUGAAUGCUAUAAAGUAGUUGAAAAGAAUAAGCCAGAAAUUGAACAACUACGAUUUUGGUGUCAGUAUUGGAUUUUGGUUGCUGUUUUGACAGUAUGUGAGAGAUUUGGUGAUACUUUUAUAUCAUGGGUCCCAAUGUAUAGUGAAGCUAAGUUGGCAUUUUUCAUAUUUUUAUGGUACCCCAAGACAAAGGGAACGACAUAUGUAUAUGAUUCCUUCUUUAGACCAUAUAUUGCCAAACAUGAGCCAGAAAUUGAUCGGAGCUUGUUGGAACUAAGGACGAGGGCGGGAGAUUAUGUAGUUUUGUAUUGGCAAAGAGCUGCUGGUUACGGUCAGGCUAGAAUAUAUGACAUUUUGACGUUUAUCACAGCACAAUCAACAGCAGCAGCUCACCCUGCUCAGCAAAAACCAGGCGUUAGGGUCCGUAAACCUGCGCCUGCCAAAGGCCAGCAAGCCGCUGCUAUAGAACCACAGGUUGAGGAACCCCCAUCUCCUGCCUCUAGCACAUCUUCAAGUCAGUUCCAGAGGGAAGUAACAGAAGAGUUGAGUUCUCAACAAGCUCCUAAAGCUGCAGUCCCCCUUGUUGCAGGUUUAAAUAACCAGAAGUCUUCUGUAGCGGGUUUAAUAAACCAGAAGUCUUCUGUAGCUGGUUUAAUAAACCAGAAGCCUCCUGUAGCUGGUUUGACUACGCAAAAGUCUUCCAUAGCAAGUUUAAUUACCCAAAAGUCUAAUCCUACAACUUCAACCACCAUAAAAUCUGCAUCAACAGAGGCAGAGCCUAAGAAGAUUGAGGCAGCAGCAACACCUCCAUCCUCUUCAGCAAAUGAAAAUGGAAAGUCUCCUAUAAAGGAGACCAUAAUGGAAGAAAGUAUUCGGGUUACACGGGGAAGACUAAGAAAAACCCGAUCAGCAGCAGGAACCUCGUAG